AUGGGAAGGCGGGGGAAGAGGAUGGAGAGGCGAGUGGUUCUUGGGAGUUGGACGGGGUGGGGGGUUGAAGGUGGAUGGGUUUUUGGUGAUGGGUUAGGGGAGGGGCAGGCUGAGUUGGGUGGUGGACGAGGGGGGAGUGGAGGUGGAGGGUUUCUUGACCAGGAGCGGAUCGGGAAGGACUCCAAUUACGAGCAAGAGGGAAAAGUCCAGUUUGUAAUUGACGCCGUUUACUCCAUGGCCCACGCGCUGCACAACAUGCACCAAGAGCUGUGCCCCGGGAAGGUGGGCCUCUGUGCCAAGAUGGAGCCCAUCAACGGAACCCAUCUCCUCAAGCACAUUCGCCGACUCAACUUUGCAGGCAUCGCAGGAAACCCAGUGCUCUUCAACUCAGACGGAGACGCUCCCGGACGCUACGAGAUUUAUCAAUACCAAAUCCGCAACAAGACGGCGGAAUACAAGAUCAUCGGCCACUGGACCGACCAGCUGCAUCUCAACAUCCGGUCGAUGCAGUGGCCCGGUGGACUUCGCCACAUUCCCACGUCUAUCUGCAGCCAGCCCUGUCAGGCCGGGGAGCGCAAGAAGAUCGUGAAGGGCAUUCCUUGUUGCUGGCACUGCGAGCGAUGCGACGGUUACCAGUACCAGGCCGACACCUACACCUGCAAAAUGUGUCGCUUUGAUUUGAGGCCUAAUGAGAACCACACAGGCUGCGUUCCAAUCCCCAUCGUCAAGCUGGAAUGGAGCUCUCCCUGGGCCGUCUUCCCCGUUCUCAUCGCCGUGGUGGGCAUCAUGGCCACUCUGUUCGUGGUGGCGACGUUUGUACGCUACAACGACACCCCCAUCGUCAAAGCCUCCGGCCGCGAGCUGAGCUAUGUGCUGCUAACCGGUAUCUUUCUCUGCUAUGCCACCACCUUCCUGAUGAUCUCCUCUCCGGAUGUGGGGAUCUGCUCUCUGCGAAGGAUCUUUCUGGGGCUCGGCAUGAGUAUUAGUUACGCGGCGCUGCUUACGAAAACCAACCGCAUUUAUCGCAUUUUCGAGCAAGGCACAAUGUCGGUGAGUGCCCCACGGUUCAUCUCCCCCGCCUCCCAACUGGCGAUUACCUUUACCCUGGCGUCGGUGCAGCUGAUCGGGGUGUGUAUCUGGUUUGCGAGCGAUCCGUCCAAAGCCAUCAUCGAUUACGAGGACCAGCGGACGUCCAACCCCACCAUGGCCCGCGGGGUUCUGAAGUGUGACAUUUCAGACCUGUCUCUCAUCUGCCUGCUGGGUUAUAGCAUGCUGCUCAUGGUCACGUGUACGGUUUAUGCCAUUAAAACCAGGGGGGUGCCAGAGACCUUCAAUGAGGCCAAACCUAUUGGCUUCACCAUGUACACCACCUGCAUCAUCUGGCUGGCUUUCAUCCCCAUCUUUUUUGGCACGUCGCAGUCCACAGAGAAGCUGUACAUCCAGACGACCACGCUGACCAUCUCGGUGAGUCUCAGUGCCUCCGUGUCUCUGGGGUUGCUCUACAUGCCCAAGGUCUACGUGGUGCUCUUCCACCCGGAGCAGAACGUGCCCAAGCGGACGCGCAGUCUGAAGGCCGUGGUCACCGCCGCCACCAUGUCUAACAAGUUCAACCCCAAGGUCGGCCUCAGACCCAACGGCGAGGCCAAGACCGAGCUGUGUGAGAGCCUGGAAACACAGUCCACAAAACAAACCUACAUCAGCUACAGCAACCAUGCAAUCUAA